AUGGAAGUUGUUCACCUGGAAGAUUCUACACUUCUACAUAAUAAUGCUCUUCCGACUUCUGCUUUACUUAAUCUUAAGGGUCUUCCUAUUGAUCCUUCUUGCAUCUUUUGUAAUCAUGCUUCUGAGUCGAUGGGCCAUUUAUUUCAGCUUUGGUUUGUAGAACUGCUGACUAGGUUUACCGAUUCCAAGGAUUGGGUUCAGAUGGAUAGUUUCUUUGGUUUAUGUUUGGAAAUUUGGUUGACUAGGAAUAAUGUUAGAUUUAGAUCAGGGGUUUAUUCUCCCCAAUCUAUUCUUGAUUUGGCCUCUAGUUGGAAAUCCAGAAGUAGGGAGGCUAGGGAGUUAGAUUAUGGUAUUUUUAGCUUUCCUCCGGGGUUCUCUGCUAGGCCCUCGAUCUAUUUUCUUUGUAGUUCUAUGCAAGAGGAUUAUGAUGUAGUCCUCCUCUUUGAUGGUGCUUGGGAUCGAGCUGAUCUCACUGCUGGAGCAGGAUGGUGUUUUCGGGGUCUAACUUCCCCUGGUUAUAUUGCUGGUGGUGCUAGAGCUUGUACUGCUAGUUCUGCACUACACUUUGAAUUACUUGCUUGUCUUUGGGGUCUUCGUCAUGCUUCUCAACGGGGUGUUACUCGUCUUUUGCUUCAUACAGAUUGUCUGGCCAUUCCCCGGUUAUUAUUGGCCCAGAGUCCUUAA